AUCUAGCCGAAUAAAAUAUUCAGUUUUGCACGGCACGAAAUCCUAACAACACCGAUAAAAUUAUGGGUAGAUCGAAUCUUUGCUUGUUGGCCAUUCUGGCUAUUUUAGCAGCCGUCACUGCCGAGGAGAUGUACUCGGACAUGUUCGAUCACAUCGAUCCUGACCAUAUCUUGCCGAACGACGAGCUUCGAAAUCAAUAUUACAAUUGCUUCAUGGACACUGGCCCGUGCGUGACAGAAGAUCAGAAAUUCUUCAAACAGCAUGCCGCUGAAGCGUUUGCAACGAAAUGCCGAAAAUGUACGGAAACGCAAAAGAAGAAUGUGGAAAAGAUUGUCGUGUGGUACACCGAGAACCGCCCUGGCGAGUGGAACGCCAUGGUAGGAAAGCUUUUGGAGGACGCGAAGAAGUUGAACAUUACACCCGUUGCCUGAUGUUGCCAAAUAAAUAGCACAUUUCGCGCUGUCAUGUAUACUUAAAAUUGUGAAAUAACAAAUAACGAUCUUGCAUCCAUGUAGUUUUCCAAGAUGUAGCUGUAAUUGUAAUAUACGAUACGAGCACGUAGACGAGAGCGAGAUUUAGCGGUGUUGCAUGUACAAUUUUAACUGACAAUAAAAGCCGUUUCGUGACGGGUUGAACAUGUA